AUGUCUCCGACAAGCGCAACGCAGUUCCGCCUGGCGCUGCCGGGCCUCGCGCUGCCCUUGGUGCCGGCGGCGGCGGUUACGCGGGCCUGGCAGGCUGUGGGUACCGCGGUCUGGUGGGGACUCAGGCGCGAGCCCCGACGUUCACGCGCCUUCAGAACCUCGCUGGUUCGGAACGCGCGCCGCCACCGAACACUGCUCACCUUGCCUCCGGCUUAGUCAGCAGUAAACGGAAGGCUCCCAGAGGCUCCGCGCCUCUUCAAAGGACUUGACCCCGCUGCUCUGUUCCUCAUGGGCAAUUACCUAGGCAAGCCCGCGCCCCCGCAGCCUGCCUCCCCCUCGGAGGCCAGGGACCUGCGGGAGAGGCCUGGCCGCCGCCCGCCCGCCCGCCCCACGCCGCCGCCAGCUCCAUCAGGCCAAAGCCCCGCGGUUCCUACUCACCCCUCCCUACCCACUCCUCUUCCCCGACCCGCUAGGAGGACUUCCCUCCGGGACUGUGGCUCUGCAGCUCAUCGGUUUGGAGGAACACCUCGCAGAAGAUACCCAGUCCAGCAGGCCCCGUACUCCUGGCUGGGGGUCCGCCCCACGGUGUGCGGGAGUAGUUGGCACAGGAGGCCUGUGCUCUCUGCUCGCAAUUCCAAAACGGUGCGCAGCCCAGUGACAGUGAGGAUUGCUCCUCCGGAGAGCAAACUGAAUCGUCCCCCGCUAUCAGGGCAGAUUAGCAGCUCCACACUGUCCUCACCGUCCACUACCGGCCCGGACCCAUGUGCAAAGGAGACGGUGCUGAGUGCCCUCAGAGCCUGGAAGCAAAGGACAGCGAAGGAGGAAGACCAAAUAUGUGCUGAUGGCCAGGAAAAUAAGAGAAGGCGCCAUGAGAGCAGUGGAAGCGGACCUUCGGCAUUCGAGCCGCUGGUGGCCAAUGGACUCCCUGCCUCUUUUGUGCCUAAGCCUGGGUCUCUGAAGAGAGGUCUCAGUCCCCAGAGCUCAGACGACCACUUGAAUAAGAGAUCACGCACCUCUCCUCUGAGCUCCUUGACCAGCACGGACACAGGCGGCUUCCCCAUCGCCAGCCGCAACGCCAUCACCAGUUCCUACAGCUCUACUGGAGGUCUCUCUCAGCUGCGGAAGAGGAGUGCUCCUAGUUCAUCUCCCUUCUCUGGCCCAGCUUCAUCCUGCUCCCAGACUCUAGCGAGGCCAGCAAAGAGAAGAAGAGAACAGGAACUUCCUCAUCGUUCUGGUCCUUCAACUCCCUUCAUAGCGGACAAGGAGUCCCGGGGAGCACCAGCUGCCGACACAGCCACGUGGAAGAAACAGAACUCGAGGAAUUCUCCAUCAAUCCCUGGCAGCUCAGGGCAGCGUAGACGGAAGGUGCAGCUGCUGCGGUCCUGGCGAGGGGACCAGCUGAGCUUGCCUCCGCCUCCCCAGCUUGGCUAUUCCGUCACUGCUGAAGACAUAGACUUGGAAAAGAAAGCUUGGUUUCAGUGGUUUAACGAGAUCUUGGAGGAUAAGACUGAUACCGCCUGGAGCUCUGUCCCCGAGAACCCACCUAGCAGGCAGCCUCCCUUCACUUUCAGCCUGCCUGCUGCUGGGACUCCCGCCACCGCAACCUCGCUCCCAGCCCCCAGCCCUAACCCACUGUUGAAGAGCUCGAAGGAGAUGCAGGAUGCCCCAGGCCUCCCAUCCCUCCCCACAUCUGCUGGCAUGGCAACCACUGUGGCCCAGUCACCUCCGAAGACACCCAGGCCUCUGGCCCCUCUUGGCCCUUCACAGUCAGGGCCUCUUCCGGGCACCUCCUCGGACUCCAAACCUACAGCCAUUUCCUUUGGCGGCACCCUUAUCCCUGCUUCUUCCACAGGGCCAGUCACCAACACCACGUCACCUCCAGCCCCUCAGGCCGAGACGUCUGCCAAAUCCCAAGCCUUGUUGGCCCCAUCUCCCACCCCCAAGCACAACAUUCCCUUUGGAAUGCUGAGCACCUCAGCUGCUCACCCUCCUGCCUCUGCAGCUCCGGCUGUGGCUUCACCAUCUCCCGUGCUCGAUCCCAUGUGUUGGCCCCCUCCUAAAAGCAAGAACGAGGGCGCCUUGCCCUCUAGCCCUUCCAAGGUCACAGCCACCACAUCUUCCAGCUCAGCCCUCCCCAUAACUACCGGCAGCCCAUCCCUCACUUUUAAGCCUGUCUCUCACACCAGGGAGGCAGCUGCUCCCGUGCCCACAUUAACUCCCUUCUUCAAGCAGACAGCUCCUCCGGCCAGUACUCUGCGCGCCCCUCUCUUCACUGGCCAGACCAGUGCCACCUCUGCGGUGGCUCCUGCGACCACGGCUGGCCCCUCCUCCGUAGACUCUGCUCUGAAGCCCAUGUUCCGCUUCUGUGUGAGCAGCAUGACCAGCAGCCUGAGCAGCGUGACUAGCCCCACCGCUUCCACCGCCCAGCCCUUCCUCUUUGGGCCUCCCCCUGCCUCUGGGGCCAGCUUCACCCCAGCCGUGGGCUCCAGCUCCACAGUCCAGUUUGGUAAGCCUCCCACCCUGCCUCCUUCAACAGCAGUCACCAGCUUUGGCGCGUCCCUUCCCAGUGCCGCUCAGACAGUCGCCGGCAGCAGCAGCAGCACUGCUGGCGAUGGCGAUGUGGGCAGCACCCUUACAGCCUCUGCCCCAGCCACCACCAGCCAGCCCGCGCUGACAUUCAGUCGCACCGCCACCCCAGCUUUCAACAUUCCCUUUGGCUCAAGUGCCAAGCCCUCUCUCUCAUCACACCCAGGAUCCAAGCCCCGGCCCAGCUUCGGGGCCACUGAUGGGCAGCAGCAGUGGGCUGCCCAGCCAUCCCUUGUGCCCAGCUUGUGCAGCUCCUUCACGCUGGGAGACUCUGCAGCCCCCGCCCCGACUGCAACUCCAGCCGCAGCCCAGCCCACCUUGGGCAGCACCACAAGUCCACUCUUGGGCCUGAAAGCCACAGCCUCUGCCUCUGGAACCCUGGCCGGCCCCCAGCCAGCCUUGGGCAGCACCACAGCCGUUUUCUCCUUUGGUGCAGCCACCACCUCUGGCUUGGCGGCUACAACCUGGACCACCAGCGGUGGGACCAGUAGCUCCAGUAGCACGACACCGUCCCCCUUCACAUUUGGGGGAUCAGCAGCCCCAGCUGGCAGCAGAGGCGUUGGGAUCAGUGUGGCUUCCCCAGGAACCAGCUCUGCCUCAGGCGCCUUCGGCCCCGGAGCAGGACGGAGGGGGACCGCUGGCAGCAUGACUCCUUUUGUGGGAGGCUUGAGUCAGAACAGCCUGGGUGCGCCCCGCCAGAACAUCUCCUUUGCCUUCAAGGUGGCCUGCACUCCAGACAGCAAACCUGUGUUUGGAGGCAGCUCCACGCCCACCUUUGGUCAGAGCACCCCUGCCCGUGGGGUGGGCACAUCAGGCAGCAGCCUCUCCUUUGGAGCAUCCUCAACACCCACCCAGGGCUUUGUUAGAACAGGGCCUUCCUUUUCCAAGGGUGCAGGAUCCAAGCCCCCAGGGGCUUGGCAACAGCUGCAGGCCAGGAGACAGCACACUAGCAAGAAGUAG